AUGAAUGUUGUGGAGAAGUUUGUUGAUAAAAUAUCAGAAGUAGCCACCACAAUAGCCUUUCGUCACAUCGGCUACGUGUUUCAGUACACUGAGAACGUUCAAAAUCUAGAAGUUGAGACCGAAAGACUUGAAGGUAUGCGGGGAAGGAUCAAUGAAAGGGCAGAAAGUGACCGACGCAACGCACAAGUCAUCAAGCCUGAUGUUGAAAAGUGGCUAAAGGAUGCAAAGGAGAUGCAAGAUGAAGUUGCCGCAUUUCUAGCAAACAAAGAAAGAUCAAACACUCGGUGUGUCAAAUGUCGGUGUCCAAAUCUAAAGUGGCGUUACCGGCUAGGCAAGGAGUCCGAACUGAAGACAUUUCGUAUUACCAGUCUCAAAGAGCAAGGCACCAUGUUUUUGACAGUAUUGCCAAUUUCACACCCCGCACCUCCACCGGAAUCCCCUCUCACAAAUGAUGGGGAUUUUGAUUCAAGACAAGAAAUCUUUAAUAAGAUAUUGGAGGCGAUAAAGGAUCCUAUCAUUAACAUGAUUGGCGUACAUGGAGCAGGUGGUGUUGGCAAGACGAGAAUGGUGAACGAGGUUCGCAAUCAAGCGAAGAGAGAUGGACUUUUUAAUGAUGUGGCAUUUGCGGUUGUCUCCCGAAAUUUGGAUAAGAAAAAUGUUCAAGGAGAGCUUGCAGCGCAAUUGGGACUAACUCUCGAAGACUAUGGAAGAGCCGAGAAACUAUUGACUAGAUUGCAGAAAGGGAAGAACCUUGUCAUACUGGAUGACAUUUGGGAUCCACUUGACUUGAAGGAAAUUGGAAUUCCUACUACAACGGACCAUGGUAACAAUGAGGGUGGCUGCAAAGUUCUGGUAACAUCCCGGAAGAACCUUUUCCACAUGAUCACACCUAAAGCACGGAACAAAGAGUUUUUUGUCCCUGUGUUAGAAAAGAAGGAAGCACGUAUCCUAUUUAUGAAGACGGCAGAAAUUUCUGUCAACUCUCACGAAGAUAUGCCUUCUGAAGCAAAAGAGGUGUGUGAUGAGUGUGGAGGCUUGCCCGUUGCUAUACUUGCUGUUGCAAAAGCUUUGAAAGGUAAAGGGAGCUAUGCAUGGAAAGAUGCACUCAGGCAACUGAAAAGUUCUAAUUUUAACAAGAUCUUAGAUAUCGACCCAAAAUUGUUCCCUUCCUUGAAGUUGAGCUAUGACCUUCUAGAACUUGAGGAUGCACGUUCAUGCUUCUUGCUUUGCUCUCUAUUUCCAGAAGAUGCUGAGAUCUCAAUUGACGAUUUGGUGAGAUAUAGCUUUGGGAUGAGGUUGCUUGAUCCAACUUUGAGUACUACACUUGAAGAUGUAAGAAACAGAGUACUUACGGUGGUUGAAGGUCUCAAAGCAUCUUGUUUGCUGUUGGAUGGCAAGGACAACAACACGGUGAAAAUGCACGAUGUAAUACGAGAUGUUGCUAUAUCGGUAGCGAAAGAUGAGAAACGAUAUCUAGUGAAACAUGAUCUAAAAAAGUGGCCAGAGAGGGUCACAUAUGAACACUAUUCAGCCAUCUCAUUGAUGUCUGAAUAUUUUUGUGAGAUUCCAAGAGAAUUGGGAUGUAAAGAACUUCGUACGUUGGUGUUGAGAAGCAAGGAUUCCUCACUUCCAGACAGCUUUUUCAAUGGGAUGGAGACCAAUCUCGAAGUCCUCGAUCUGAGCGGCACGGCUAUUGAAAGCCUCCCAAUCUCUCUUUCAAAGUUGGUUAAGCUGCGGAUGUUAUUUCUCCCAGGUGGAAUCAGAAACAUAUCUCUAUUGGGGAAGUUAAAGAGCCUCGAAAUACUCUGCUUUGAUGGGAUUUACGAGCUGGCACCAGAGAUUAGACAGUUAACUUGUUUGAAGUUGCUUGAUUUGGGAAAUAAUGAGGAUGUGGAACUCAGAGUAAUUCCACCAAAUGUCCUAUCUAAUUUAACAAGGAUGGAGGAAUUAUGCAUUCCAGAUGACUUUGCUGAGUGGCAAGACGAAGCAACCAACGAAGAAAGAAAGAACGCAAGCCUGGUUGAACUGAACUCGUUCACUUGUUUAACCACUCUAAAAGUUCAUAUGCCACGAGGCAAAUCAUCACCCAAUAACCUCUAUUUUGAAAAUUUGGUCAGAUUUAGAAUAUCGAUCGGUAAACAAAAAUUUUAUCGCAUUCAAAAAGAAGAAUCGUCCACAAGUAUCUUAAAACUCUCUAGUGUUCCCUUAGAAGACAAGUUCAAAGUUUUGCUUAUGAAAUCUAAAGUGUUAUAUCUCCAUGAAGUGACGUGUGAUGGUGGUGAAGAUCAUCUUGGAACACCAGAGCAGUUUCUACAAACUCCACAACCGAGUAUAUCAAGGCCUUUCUGCAACUUAAGUACAUUAGAUGUUCAGAAUUGUACGUUUAAAUAUCUCUUCAACCUCUCCGUUGCGAGACGCCUAGAGCAACUCCAAAGGCUUGAUGUAGGGCACUGUUCUAAUAUGGAAGUCAUUGUUGGAAACGAAACACGAGGAGAAGAUGAAGAAAUUACUUUUCCUCGGUUAAAAGCAAUCCAAUUGCGGAACAUACCGAACCUCAAAAGCUUCUGUCCAAGUAAGAGGCCUAACUCGAUAACAGGGGAUAGCAAUUCUGACCCUGCACAACCACUUUUUUGUGAAAAGGUUGUGGUCCCUGUGUUGGAGGAAUUAGAAAUUAGUGAUUUGGAUAACAUAUCAGAGCUAUGGGACAAACAAUUUAAACCAAUAAUGAAAGAAGGGACACGAUCCUUCAGUCAGUUACGGUCCCUGGAAGUGAAUCAGUGUCCCAGACUCGUGAAUGUGGUUCCCUCUAAUAUAGUGCCGAGGUUAACGAAUCUGAAAUCCCUUCAUGUCAGCAAUUGUGAUUUGGUGGUUCAUGAAAUUGAAGACCUAAUAACAGCGGGCUUCCCUUCAUUAGAAAGGUUAGAUUUAUGGGAUCUACAGAACUUGAGGGAGACGGGAUUGAACAAGAAGGAAGAUUCUCUCCGUGGAAUUAAUGUUGUCUACCCAAACAUAAAAUAUAUUUUUAUUAGCAACUGUCCCAAUCUGGAAAGUAUAUUCUCAGCCUCAACAGCCAGAAACCUAGCUCAUCUCCGAAGCUUGAGGAUAGAUAAUUUUCCCAAUUCAGAUUCAAAACUGAAGGCAAUAGUAGAGACUCCAAAAGAAAGAGAUGGAGCGAGCGAUGAGCCUUUUGUCUUCCCUGAACUGUAUUAUAUGCAACUUGAGGAUCUCCAAAGUUUCUGCAACAGUUAUGGACCCGAAGAAUCCCUCUUCAACCAAAAGGUGGUGUUUCCUUGCUUGCAAUAUUUAGACGUUUCGAGGUUUAUAGGCAACGUGAAAGGAAUAUGGGAUAGGACACCACCAGCCGACUCUUUCCAAAAACUAACAUAUCUCGAAUUGGAUAAGUGUCAUAGCUUAUUGUAUGUUGCUCCAUCAGAACUACUUCUUGGGAGUCUGCAGAACCUCGAAAACCUCACAAUAAGAUCAUGUGAGUUACUGGAAGAGGUAUUUAAAAACAGAGUAUCAGAUUCCGGGGAAGGAAUCGUUUCAAAGCAUGAACCAACAACCGAAGAAGUUGAUACCAAUGUUGUGCUGCCUCGAUUACGUUACGUUAUCCUAUAUGAAUUACCACGUCUUAAAAGCUUUUGCUCUGGGAGCAAAUUGCCAUCCUCAGCAGAAAGAGAGAUAAGCAACUGCCCCCUUUUGGAGACCCCCUUCUGAGACUACAAAAGCGGGAAAAUGUCCCCUGUGAAUAAAGAGGUGAUUCAAUAUCGUGCUCUACACCAGCCAUGUUUGUUUCGCCUUUCUGGAAGUUCAUCAUCAAUUAAGGUUCAAUCCGCGCGAUAACGUGCCCAAUCAUCCAUUCGGUUAGUAAAUAACGAGUAAUGUGUGCCCUUGUGUGUAAUUACGACAAUAUGACCUGAAAAACUAUAUUGGUUGCUCUGUGUUUUCUUCAGUGUGUAUUUGUUUGUUUAAUAAUGCAAUUACACCUAUGAGUCUCCAUGUUUCUAAGAGGCCAUUGUGCUACCUACUGGCUGAAUGGAACUCGUUUAAAUGUGUGUCUUAUAUAUGUUGGGAUUCAAAUAUCAAUAUAUCUGUGUGGACGAUUAUCCAUCUGAAAUUAUUGUA